CAGACGACGCGCGCGCUCUUUCGGAGGAGGAGCCGAACGCGGUUUCGAUUUCGCUCCGAUGGCAGAAGUUAUGAUGCCGUGAACGGUUCAGGUGCACAAGGGUUGCGUGUCACGGUGAAAGGAAUUGUGUCAGUGCGUUCAAGUUUCCCGCACAUCUCCGCAGCGACGUCAGAGCCAUCUCGGAGUGGAAAUGUCAGGCAGCGAAACAGAGAAGGAGCUCGAGCGCUGCCGUAAGUGGCUGGGACGGUCGGUGAGGAAGAUGUCAGCCCUGCAGGAGCAUAAGGUGGCGUGGCUAGCCGCUCUCCCUUUGCUGGUGUACUUCCUGUGGAUGGACGUGGCCCUCUACUACCGGGUGCAGAGCGUCCACCUCGUAGGGGGUGAGCAGCCGGCAGCUUCAGCUGGUCUCUUCUCACCCUUCACGGGCCUCUCCGUCAAGCUCAUUAUGAUGGAUCACGUCAACAGCUACGUCCACUCUCCACUCGCAGACCUCUUCAACCAGGUAACUCGUUUCAGCGAAGUGUUCUACUUCAUCACCCCCAACCUGAUCAGCCUGGCCGGCGUGUUGAGUGCCCUGGCGGCCGCCAAGGUGGUCACGGUGGACACGAUAGCCAUGCAGCACUGUGCGGUGCUUCUGAUGCAGCUUCGCGCGUGGUUUGACGCCCUCGACGGCCUGGUGGCCCGUUCCAGGAUGGGCCUCACGCGUCACAUGUCCAUGCGGGACACUUCGGGAUACCUGGUUGACGGCAUCGCGGACACCAUCGGCUUCACACUCUUUCUCGUCGGCACUUUCUUCUACCUACGACGCAAGUUGCCCGUCACCAAGCACUACCUGCCCAUUGCCGACCCAGGAACCGAAAAAGGCUCAACAGUGUUGUCGACUUUUCCCGUGAUCCCUUAUCCCAUGAAGAGAAUCAUCGUGGUGCUGGUCUGCUUUGGUCUACAGAUGGGCAUCAGUUGUCUCUUCUGGGACCGCUACAUCAAUGCCUAUCAUAUUCUCCUAGAGACGGCUAGUCCUGCCAAAGAAGUGGCCCAGAGCCAGGUCCUACGGUCAUCAAUGAUGUGGAUCAUCAUGUGGUUCUGGAAGCUUUGCAAUGCUCAUGCCGUGAUGCAAAUGUUUCUUUUUGCCAUCUUCAUUGGCAGGAUGUGGGAGUUCCUAGUGUGGAUACAAUACGUCGGGUACGUGGUGCUAGGCAUACUCAUUAUAUUAACGGAAAUACACCUAAGCAGUGCAAGAUCCUAUUUAACUUAGGAGCUAAAUUGCGGCUCCACGUGCAACGACAGCCACAUUUCAUCUUUACUCUGCAUAGAGCUACACGACAAUAUUUCAUAACUAGAACCCGCCGACUGACUGGGUGGUGAUCCAAAACUGUGCCUGAUUUCGUCACCUUGCAAUGCUGAAGUCACGCCGGGGAUUUGCGACCCCAUAUGUUUCAAGGAGCGCUCUCUCUCUAUAGUGCCAAUCAUUUGGACUGCGUGGAUGCUACAUGUGAUAACGGAGGUUGCCUCAAAGUACGCAUGUUUUGUAAACGUGCGAUACAUGCAAUACUAAUAUGCGUUUACAUAAAGCACAUACAUUUUGUGGAGGGGAACUCCCUGCUUUGCCCUCCCCAUCAGAUGUUUCCUUAUGGUACUGUGAUCAUGUGACACUGUACGUACGUGAGUUUGCCAUGGACAGGAUUGACUGGAACCCGUACGACAGAGGUCAGUUGAGGUAGAGCAUUAUCGUGCCAUCAGCAAUACGGCACGUGCAAUAUCUAAAAAUUUUACGCAAUUAUGCGAAUGUAAAAUAAGUGCUUUCACGACAGCAGUUGUCUGCAGUUUUCUUUUUAAAUCUAUUUAUAUUUGCAAGAAUAUUUGGUCAAUUUCAUGAAACUCUUUAGACCUUUUCCAGUAUUUGGUGUCACCAACAAAUAAUAUGAGGGUGUAUUGAUCAGCGAGCAUUUAUUUGACUAAGUGCUGCUAGUCACGUCGAGUUUAUGGUGAUCAACGCUCGUAAAUUAUUUAUUUUAACUGUCUCUCUCUUUUCCUUCAGCUUGGUGAUGUUUAUUCUUAUGACAAUGUCAUAUCAACGGGUAGGAUUAUAUAGUGUACGAAGCAAUGCGAGAGACCGCAAUGUAGCUCAAAGAAGAUAAUCGAGAUAAAGUUUGAAUAGGCUAUCUCGUACUUGCUGUUUUUUUGCAUCGCAUAUCAUUUUUGGGAUGAUGUAUAUUUAGCCACGUGCUUCCAAUGGCCUUUAACUCCACAGUAUGGUUAGGGUCACAACAUCGUCUUUAUGAUAAGGCAGCUACUGCGUGAUUAAAUCAUUCCCAAUAUAACUGUUAAGUAUGAAAUGAUGAUGAAGUUUUGACAGCAGGAGAGAUGUAGAAGAGGUGCUUUUUAUAACCAAGAUGAUGACAAUGAUGAGGAUGCUGAUUCUGCCUCACAAUAUAUUCUGUUUGUACAUUCCAUCAGUGUACUUCAGUCCGCAUGUCCUAGUUUGUUCAUGUGAGCCGUUAACAAAAUUUCAAAUAUUCAGACAAUCAGUGUAGCAGAACUUGAGCUUAGUAUCAAAGAAAGCAGUGGCAGACUUACGUCGGAGGGGCGGAACGCACAGCAAAAGUCAUUUAGCCCUUGACAUCUUAGCCCUCGAUACAAUCUGUAUUCACAAGUUGAGAGUGUUUCUAAAUAAUCACGGUACUCCUCGGAAUUUUGUUAAUGCGUCCCAGCAAGGUACUCCUGUGGUUGUAUGAUUUACUUGUUUCUAGCAAAAACUUUACCCCACGAGGGGAUGAAGAUUGCUGAGAGUAACUAUGGAUAUAUUAUCAUUAAUUUAUGUCAAGUGUUUGUUGCUGCAAUAUUUCCAUGCACACAACAUAAGAGUAGUAAUCAGAUUUUCCUGCUAGUUCGACGUACGGGCAGUACGCAGUUCAGCAAAUCCUUCGAAACGAUGUUUUUUUCUUUCUUUCGAAUACGUUUGUUUUUGCAGAUUAGCACAUUGGCAAUGCUCAGCUGCCUGUACUGAAACUAUUUUCAUAUAGCAUGUACAUAUUUCAUGUUUCUGCGUGUCAAAUCUACCUUCUGGAAGAUGGUGCUCACAGCAUUGUCCAGUUUCGAAGAUGUUUGCCAAAAUGACAAUGCAGCGGGCAUUUGAGAUGUCCAGACUUACACGGCGAAGUGCUCAGUUAAAUCAGUUAAAGGGGCUGUGAAAUGCUUCUCCCACUUUUGGAGGAAUCAUUGAUGCGGGGAAUUGCUUCCCGAAUAUACAGAGUAACGUCCUGUGCCAGUGGAACCCUACAUUCGGAGGUCAUUCCACACCGAAAAGCUGGCACUGCAAGGGAGGCACCUUCUCUCUUUCUCCCCCCCCCCCCCCCCUCAGUCCACACGAACAAAAUAUGUAUUAUGGGAGAACAUGAUGAGCAUGCUGCUUCGUAGCAGGGCGUGAAGUGUACCUCCUUCCCAUGGCAGCAGUCUACAUCAUCACAUUAAAAUUCUCCAUUUGGCAUUCGCUUUGGAAAGAAAGUUUUAUCGAAUGGUGUAUUCCCAACAGUGCAUUAAACACCUGCAGUUAGGGAUGGUUUCAGCCCCUUUUGAUUCAGACUAGUGCUCAACAAAGAAAGCCGUGCUCCUUUGGUUGUUACUCUACCAUAUAAUGUACCUCACUCUUGGUCAUCAUUCCUGUCCCCGCAGUUCACUUAUAUAAACUAUUCUUUUGGGCGAAAUGGCUGUUGUGUAUUCAUUUUUCAUUUGUGUGUUGUAAAUACUGUAGAAGAGUGGCAUCAGCCAUGCCACUGAUUUUUGAAUGCAAUAAAAAAUGCAUUGCACUAAAACA